AGCAGGAACAAUCACAGCACAUCUUUUCUAUUAAACCAUAAGGCAGUUUCCAUUACCAUCAAAGACUUUGAGUGGGAAGAAUGCUUGAGCAGAACUACACAGAUGUGCAUGCUCUGUUGGUGUCCUGGUUACAGCACUACUUUAACGAGACAAUGGCGUUUGGAUCAGCACCACAUACACCACCACACCAGCUACCUGUGCAUCUGAGUGGAGCUCCAGUCCAAGAUAAAGGUUACGGCAUGAUCUACAUCUGUCUGAUGGUGGGACUCUUUAGUUUCUUCACCUUUGGCAUUAUGUUCAGCUACAUUCGCUCAAAGAAGGUGGAGAACUCACAGGAUCCAUAUCAUCAGUAUAUAGCUAAAGACUGGGCCAGUGUAGCAUAUCCUGUAGUCAUCAGUAACCCAUCUGCUCUUGGACACCUUCCAGGGUACAGUGGAAAAGACCAGGAAUGGGCCUAAAUUAUCCUGUCAGUGACUUCUGCAUAGUGCAUUGAUUUCCAU